GGGCGCGUGGGGGCAACGCGACCUCGGCCGCUCGGGGAAGGGUCGGUCCACACACGCCGCUCGCGCUUCGCGUCGGUUUUAUGCACGACUCCUUUUCGCACCCGGCUGGCCGGCUCCCCACCUGCUCGCCUCUCGCUCCGAAGCUUCUCCUCUCGCGUAUCCUACCAGGAGGGUGGGAGACCCAGGGAGCGGAGGUGUGCGAAGCUCGCCUCGCACCACGCGCUGCGGCCUGCGGGGCGAGAGAUCGGGGCCUGAGCUAGGGUCUGGUGGCGGAGAUGUCGACGCCGGCGAGGAAGCGCCUGAUGCGGGACUUCAAGCGCCUGCAGCAGGACCCGCCCGCCGGCAUCAGCGGCGCGCCGUACGACAACAAUAUCAUGCUCUGGAACGCCGUCAUAUUCGGGUAUCAGCCCGCCUAUUUCUGUGAUGUUAGGCCGGAUGACACGCCGUGGGAUGGAGGCACGUUCAAGCUGACUCUGCAAUGUACAGAAGAUUACCCCAACAAACCUCCAACUGUUCGGUUUGUUUCGAGGAUGUUUCAUCCAAACAUCUAUGCGGAUGGAAGCAUCUGUUUGGACAUCCUACAAAACCAGUGGAGCCCUAUAUAUGAUGUUGCGGCAAUAUUGACCUCUAUUCAGUCCCUGCUGUGUGACCCAAACCCAAAUUCUCCUGCUAACUCUGAAGCAGCUAGAAUGUUCAGCGAGAACAAGCGUGAGUACAACCGCAAAGUUCGUGAGGUUGUGGAGCAGAGCUGGACAGCCGACUGAAACUUUAUCCGCUCCGCCAGGCGGUGUAAAUAAAGCAUCUGUCUUUCCUACUUGGCCGGUCUGUUUUACCGUUAGAAAUCCUCAGCUAUCGUUGUGUUCUUGUGGUUCAGUCCCUUGUUGUAGUGAUGCCUGCGGGUUUUCCUAAUGUAGUGCUGAACGGUUUCAUAAACUCGGAUAUUGGUGCAUAUGUAACAGAUAUAGCUAAGUCAAGUUGUUGCUUGGUUUGCAUAA